AUGGUUGAGCGGAAGAAACGGAAAUCUAAUCACAGAAACAACAAUGAGGACAAGAGGAAUCAAAAGAGGCGAAUUUCGCAUGACAACGAUGAAAACAUCAACAGGGACGAACUUGUAAUUUACAGAAUCCUAUGCCCUGUGGCAGUCAUUGGAGGUGUUAUAGGUAAGAGUGGUAAAGUCAUAAACGCGAUUAGGCAUAACACGAAAGCGAAGAUCAAAAUCAUUGAUCAGUUACCUUGCAGCGAAAGAGUCAUAACAAUCUAUUGCUCGGUUAAAGAGAAAAUCGACAUAACAAAGAGCGAAACCGAGCCACUAUGUUGUGCACAAGAUGCUCUUCUUCGCCACGAGGCAAUUGUUAGCGCUGGAAAUAACACUAAGAUAGAUAGAGAUGAUUAGAAGCAAUGUCGCCUUUUAGUUCCGUCUAGUCAAUCUUCUAGUGUGAUCGGUAAGGCUGGUUCGAACAUUAAGAGGAUAAGAAGUAGAAGUGGAGCUAGUGUUAAGGUUAUUUCGAAAGAUGUCUCGGAUCCUUCUCACGCUUGUGCCUUGGAAUUUGACAAUAUUGUUCUGAUAUCUGGUGAGCCUGAAUCUGUGAAGAACGCACUUUUCUCUGUUUCUGCUAUCAUGUACAAAACCAAUCCCCAAGAACAGAUUCCUCUAGAUUCAACCGUCCUAGAAGUUCCAGCUAGGAUUGUUAUGCCAUCGGAUCUUUCUAAUUCUGUCUAUCCUCAAGCUGGAUUAUACACAAAUCAUGAUCCUGUUCUUCGUAACGGGGACCUUCAGGGUUAUGCAGAGUUCAAUGUGUUUUUUGCUUCUUCUCUUCCGGUGUCUCAUGUUUUUGGCGGGUCUUCAAGAUCAGAAGAGUUGGUUUUGAAAGUGUUGUGCCCUUUGUCCAAUAUUGGCCGUGUUGUCGGGAGAGAUGGAUCAACCGUUAAGGGAAUGAGAGAAGCAAGCGGUUCUCGUAUUGAAGUUAAUAGGGCAAAGCAUAGUGAUGAUGAGUGUGUUAUCAUUGUCACUGCUACAGAGUUUCCUGAUGAUGUGAAGUCUAUGGCUGUUGAAGCUGUUCUUCUUCCGAAGAUCAAUGAUGAGGAUGAGGAAAAAGUUAAGAUGCAACUUCUUGUUCCUUCCAAGGGUAUUGGAUGCGUUAUAGGGAAAAGUGGCUCGGUCAUAACCGAAAUCAGGAAAAGAACCAAUGCCAAUAUCCGUAUCUCGAAAGGGAAUAACGAUGAUCUUGUUGAGGUAUCAGGUGAAGUCAGCAGUGUAAGAGAUGCUCUCAUCCAGAUUGUUCUAAGACUUCGAGAGGAUGUUUUAGGCAAUAGAGGCAGCUCUGCUGCUUGGAAUCCUCCUGAAAGAUCUCAUGAUAGUAGUUUCUUCUCGAGUAGUAGUAAUCCUGGUUCACAUCCGUUUUGGGGAAGUAGCUUGGGAAUGGUUUCUUCAGGCGGACUCUAUGGUUAUGGAAGUUUCCCUGCAGGAGGUAAUGGUUUUGGAUCAAUCGGUUCAUACUCAUAUGGAGGAUUGCAUUCAUCUUCUGCCUUGGACAUUCUAGUCCCGUCGAAUGCAGGUAAAGUUAUGGGUAAAGGAGGCGGCAAUUUGGAGAACAUAAGAAGGAUAUCAGGAGCGAUGAUAGAAAAUUUCUGAUUCCACAACUUCACAAGGGAUCGCAUUGCUCUCCUAUCAGGCACACCUGAACAGAUGCGUUGUGCAGAGAACUUGUUCCAAGCUUUUAUUAUGUCCAUUUGAAACAGUUUUUGGAGGUCAUUCCUUCUCUCUGUCUCUAGCUUUUUUGGUGAGUUUCCAUCAAUUCGGUUUCUUCGUGCUCUACCUCUGUCUCGUUCUUUCUCUCUUCGGUUU